GCCCUCCCUAACGGAAACCAGCCAUCGGAGGACGCGUUGAGGCUUCCCCGAAAUCGGAUGGUUCCGGGGUUGAGAUGGCAGCCCUGUACGGCAGUGAGGUGAAAUGCGUCAGCGUGGAAUGGGAUUUCCUGCAAGGCUUAUUAGUGAAGAACCAGCCAGUGCCUUGCCUCCAGGCCCUGCGCAAGGAGAAGUCCCGGAACGCUGCACGCUCCCGCCGGGGCAAGGAGAACUUCGAGUUCUACGAACUGGCCAAGAUGCUGCCUCUGCCCGGAGCCAUCACCAGCCAGCUGGACAAGGCCUCCAUCGUCCGGCUCACCAUCAGUUACCUCAAGAUGCGCGACUUUGCCAACCACGGAGACCCGCCCUGGAGCCUGCGGGCAGAAGGGCCUUCCCCGCCUGGCAAAGCUGCUGGCCGGAGGAAUGUGAACACCCUGCUAACAGAGCUCUUUGAACAGCACUUAGGGGGCCACAUUCUGCAGUCUCUGGAUGGGUUUGUGUUUGCACUGAACCAGGAGGGAAAAUUCCUUUACAUCUCCGAGACGGUGUCUAUUUACCUUGGGCUCUCGCAGGUGGAGCUGACGGGGAGCAGCAUCUUCGAUUACGUCCACCCUGGAGACCACCCUGAGGUCGCUGAGCAGCUAGGCCUGAAGCCUCCCUCGGAGACGUCUCACCCGACGCGCCAGAAAGCACCCACUCUGGCCACUGCCACCUCUUCUUCUGGGCUGACGGAGACCUCUGAAUCUGAUCCAGCCAGCUCCCAUUCUGCUGAGGGCGACGCUUUGGACCGCUCCUUUUUCAUCCGUCUGAAAUCCACCCUGACCAAGAGAGGGCUUCACGUGAAAACUUCCGGCUACAAGGUGAUCCACGUAACGGGCCGCCUCCGCCCCCGGCUGCCGUCCUUCUCCCACGCCCACUCCCUGCUGGGCCGCGUGAUGGGGCUGGUGGCGCUGGCCCACACCCUGCCCCCUUCCACGCUCAGCGAGGUGCGCAUCGAGUGCCACAUGUUUGUCUUCCGGGUCAACAUGGACUUGCAGAUCGUGUACUGCGAGAGCAGGAUCAGCGAUUAUAUGGACUUGACCCCCUCGGAGCUCGUGGGCAAAAGCUGCUACCGAUUCAUUCACGGCGAGGAUGUGGAGGGAAUCCGGCAAAGUCACCUGGACUUGUUAAACAAGGGGCAGGUGGUGACCCAGUAUUACCGCUGGCUGCAGAAGAACGGGGGCUUUGUGUGGGUCCAGUCGUGCGCCACCAUCUCGGUCAAUGUCAAGAACCCCACCGAGAAGAACAUGGUCUGGGUGAACUACAUCCUCAGCAAGCCAGAGUGUAAGAACACCGUGCUGGACAUCUUCCAGCUGCCUGGGAUCCCCGUGAGGCAGAUGGAGGCCGUUGAGGUGGGGCCAGAAUUCAAAGAGAGCAGCCUUGCCAAAGAGAGCAGCCAUGGGAGGAAGCUUUACUCCCCCAGCAAACCUGGCUCCCUAGCCGAGGCCUACCCCCGGAGUGCAGCGGAGGCUGGUGCCCAGUGCCGCCUGGCAGAGACCGAUUCCAGUGGCCCCGAAACGAGCUACCGAGAGGAGGAGCUGUCGGACGGAGGUGCCGGGAGCGACGAGGAGAGACCGCCCAGCAAGCGCAUCAAGCUGGAGUUCCAGCCAGAGAGCCCACGGCGAGAAGCAAAGGAGGCCAGCUCCGAGGAGUCGGACAGUGGCAGCGAAUCUGAGCUGGGCCUCCUCCCGCAGCAGAGGGCACCGCUGGCGAGGAAAGCCAACGGCUGCAAGGCCGGGGGACGGAGGAGCGGAGGGCCCAGCCACCCCUGCACAUCGGAAUUUGCCUCGGUCAUCCAGACUCAGAAGAGCUCCGUUCUGAAAGCCAGCCCAGCACUUAGCAUUAAAUCUGAGCAGCCCCCAGGAGCCAAGGGAGCCCCCUGGACCUGUCCUGCCGCCCACAAGGGCAGCCCUUACACUGUGAACAAAGCACUUAGCUUAGAGAAGCCCUCUCUGCGGCCAGCCUCUUCUCACCUGUACGUCUCCAUCCCGGACUCUGUCCUUACCCCGCCCGAGAUGGAGAGCGGCGCCCCAAAAGGGCCUUUCGGCACCUCUCCCCGGACCAUCCCGGCAGCCUCCUCUUCGGCGGACACUCUCUCGCCCCCGCUCUCGGGCUCCCCAUGCGAGGAGAGGGCCACGCCCACGCCCUUCACACCGCUCCUCUACCCUGCUGACAUGGAGGUGCUGCAACGGUUCCACGCGGGCAACGUGGUUGUGCCACUGGUGCACCAGCUCAGCAGCCCACAUGCCAGCACAUCCGGCUCGCAGGGCCUUUACGCCACCAGCACGAUCCGAUAUGCCCCAGCCGACAUGACGCUCGGCAUGCAGAACAACAUGCUGCCGCCUUCCCACCCCAUCAACCUCAUGGAUAUCGGCAGCGCCGAGGCCAAGACAUCCCGGGAACUUAUGUACCACCACCUGCAGAGGUUGAACAUGGUCGCGCCCUUCGGGAACUCGGCAGGCUUGGCCCAGAUUUCAGGCGGAGCUUUUGCUGCGACGGACUCCUUGUUUUCCACGCUGCCCUUCUCGAUGGCUGGCAGUGGGGUCCACGGUGCCUCAGCGUUGGAACGCAAGGAGGACUGAGUCCGUGGCCAAACUCUGUGCUGGGCAGAGCCAUCCAUAAAAGGUCCUGUGUGCCCCUUUUAGAGGAAAGCUCAGUGCCAACUUCCCUGCCGCCGGGGGAAGAAAUCUCUGUUCUCUAACAAAUCCCUGUGUGUCUCAUCUUUUCAUAGCACCCCCUUCUAAACCUCUGGCAAAUUAGUAGCGUGACCAUCUCCUCAGCAGUCUUGUGUUCCACUCUUGCUCCUUGCCUGGCCACCCAGAUGCUGCUGUUUGAAACUGCUGUUCUUGUUGCGGAGUUUAACCCAGGGCAAAGUCGGUGCAACUUUCCUGGGAAAGAUGAAAGAGGUAUCCUACAUUCGUUCUUGUCUGUCUUCCUGCUGCUACAAGUUGACUUCCUUCCUCCGCCAUAUUUGCUGGGGACUUUGGGGUGGGUUUUUUUUGUAUGUAUGGAGGUUAUGUUCAGGCCCUGCAGGUUUAUCUGUUGAGAGGACCACCUGCCUGCUAGCCAAGGCGAGUGUAACUCGAAGAAACCUGCACAUGAAGAGCAGGGUGUCUCCCAGUGUGAUUACAUCAGUGUUAUCACUUUUGCUUCUGUUCUGUCCACACUGCACUAUCCCUUACAGCACAGGAAUUGCUCAAAAGUCCGGCUCUGAAUUAUAAACAAGAAAUCCAGGUGUAGCAAGUAUAUCUCAGUGAACCAACCCUUUGGGCACUCCCCUUAUCUAGUACGGCCUCACCUUUGUCAUGCUUCCCCCUUCUGCAAAUAAUGGAUUAAUAGCUUAUGUGUUUUCUCCUGUGUGCUCAGAUCAGAGGGGAAAGAGAUUACUGAAGUUGUCUUAACUGCCCUGUUGCCACCAGCUUAACAGUCUUAAGUGAAAUGUGGGUGCCAACAGGUGACGGCUAAUUUCCCAGUGGUUAAAACUUCUGAAAGUGAAGGAAGAUGCAGUGUGGAUGAACCAAUAAUUGAGCAUGGACAAUUCUAAACAGUUAACAGGGUGCUGAUUCUGCUCUUCUAAUUCCCAGGUGUUAAGACUUCUUAUCCGCCCAUUUGUCUACCGGUGGCUGUUGUAGCAAAAUGGAAAUUCUGUGCACAGGUAGUCUACCAGUGACAGAUUUGGGGUGGGGUAGAUUGGGAGAACCAUCACCACCACGCCAUUCCUAGAAGGUUCUGCCUGGCCACUUUUGGGAGGUGGGGGAAAUGGUGGACAAGAUACACCUCUUUGUGGUCCAGUCCUGCAAGGCUGCUUGUUCCUCUCAUCACUGUGCAAGCACAGCUGCUGCUUUGAUCCUGUACUCAGUAGAAAAAAAGCUUCCACCAUUGAGACCCCUUGGGACACGAAAAGGACUUUUUCCAUCCAGAGCCCAAAAUGCAGGCCAGAAAAGGGAUGAAAACAGGUAGGUCGUCAUUGUAUGUGAUGACAGCACUUAAAAAGGUAAAAAAUGUUACGCCAUAACUUUUAGCACUUAUUCAGAAUAAAGACUAC